UUCGACAUCCCGCUCACUACGCAUGUCAGAGGACUACGCCGCUUGUUUCUUAGCCGUGGAAGAAGAUGCAGUCGCGCACACGGGUGUCUGCGUAUGUUCGCCCUUACGCUGCUCAGUCUGCCGUCACUCCUCGCGAGAACCGCUGUGACGGAGAAGAUGCAGUCGCGCACACGGGUGUCUGCGUAUGUUCGCCCUUACGCUGCUCAGUCUGCCGUCACUCCUCGCGAGAACCGCUGUGACGGAGCUCACGAGGCGCUGCGGGUAUUGAAAGCUCUGCCUAUGAGCCGUUUGACCCUCGGCUGCACGUCUGAGGCCUCCUGUAUGCUGCUACGGGGACUACAGUGGCACCUUCUUUGCUGCUGCUGCUGCUGCCGCUGCUAUUCACAGACAGGAGGACUCGGGCAGCUUGUCUGGGGCAGCAGCAGAGGACUUGAUCUGCUGCAGCAGCUGCGGCUGCCGUGUACCAGCAGCAGCGUCGCGGCGGCCGGCGUGUGGGGAAUAAGAAAGAAAGCGCCUGCUCUGUUUGGCCGCAUGAGGCAGACGCGUUGGAAAGACAUUGCUGCUGUUUGCUGUUGCUGCUGCGUCCCUGGACGUACCAAUGCUCGGGAGCGACUGCCAGGGCUGCAGCGCCCCUCGGACGUGCAACAAUCAAGCGUCGACUUCCUCGAUUUCUUUUCUUUGCUGCUGCGCAUGAGCCGCCCUCGUCCGCUCGGCCCUUCUUGUCGUUGCGCGCAUUUGUAUUUGACGCGCAGCGAAGCCGUCAGCGCGGAGUCACCUGCUGGCUCUCGGAAGAGCCAGAGCCGUAGCAAUGGCUCGUCAAGGGAUUACGAUACGUCCUCAGCAGCGGCAGAGGAUGCGGCUAGUGGGUCCUCAACUAAGCAGCAUGGUCGACCAUCUUCCGCCGGCGUUGCAUAUGUAGGGGACGUUGUCCUUCUCCAAGCAGAUUCCGGCUUCCAGUCUUUCUACCGGCGAAGCAGCACAGUAGGCACACGCAGAGGGCCCCGAAGGCGGCGGUCCACGGCAGGUGGCUACGGCAGACCCAGAAGUUCCACUCACGCUUACUCCACUCCGAAACUCUUGGGAACUGCUGCUGCCGCACGAAGAGGGAGAAGCAGUGAACCAGCUGGUGGUGUUUCUAUCGAAACGCAUGCUGCUAGUGCUGCUGCUCUCCUGGAUGAUGCUUCGCGCAGUUCUGCUGCUACUCCAGAGCCGGCCUCUGACGCUGCUGCUGCUGCUGCCGCUGCUGCUGCUGCCGCUGCCGCUGCUGCUGCUAUUGCUGGCUCUGCUGCGGGUAGCUUCGAGGGUCCUAAUGAUGGUGGACCUGGUGAUGCUGUUGCUAGCGAUGUCUCUCCGAACCUCGAGGUUGACAACAGCAGCAGCAGGGGAAAAGAUGCAUAUGAGACGUCUGCAUCUACAGUCGGGACCCGCGGGAAACUGGCUACUCCAAGAGCUGAGGCGCCUGCUGCACGAGAAGACACAGGAAAAGAAGAAGCAGGUCCCCCACUAUCUUUCGAGGAAGCCGUACACGAGAAAAUUAGCAGCUCCGCCACGACCGUGACAAACGGCACCAGCUCGUGUGUCAGCGUAUCUACCGAAAUUCUGGCGAGGACUCAGCAGGACUCCAUUGAGACCACCGCAUCAGGACCGUCAUUCGGCAAUGGGGAGGACGCAAACUGGCAGCAGGAGCGAAGCGAUAGUGUGCCGACAGAGAGGAAGGAGCAGAACACCGGCAAGAGCUUACCGCGUUCCGAUUGCAGCAGUCACAGUUCUUACUACACACCCCGCUCGCAAGGAAGUGAAGAAAUCCGUUCUUUGAACAGUGCUUCCUCGAUUCCUCAGGGCCGCAGCCAGAGAGAAAGUGCGCGAUAA